AUGACCCGAGUCUACUAUCGAGAAGCAGUAGGAGCCUUCAUUGUGUUUGACGUAACAAGGCCGGCAACGUUUGAGGCUGUGACCAAAUGGAAAGAGGAUUUAGACUCAAAAUUGACUCUGUCUAAUGGUUUGCCAGUAUCCACAGUACUUCUAGCCAACAAGUGUGACCAGGGAAAAGACGGCUUCAGAAACAACCUCACCAAAAUGGACCAGUUCUGCAAAGAACACGGUUUUGUUGGCUGGUUCGAGACAUCAGCAAAGGUAUAG